AUGGUUAUGAACGAUGCGGAACUGUUUAGGCUGAACAAGCAGGCGGUGCAAGAGGGGUUCAAUGUGAAACCACGGUUGACGUACAACACGGUCAGUGGGAUUAACGGUCCCCUUGUGAUCUUGGAGAAGGUGAAGUUCCCCCGGUACAACGAGAUUGUGAACUUGACCUUACCCGAUGGGGGUGUGCGCCAGGGGCAGGUGUUGGAGGUGCGUGGUGACAGGGCGAUCGUGCAAGUGUUCGAGGGGACCUCUGGGAUUGACGUGAAGAAGACGACCGUUGAGUUCACGGGCCAGAACUUGAAGAUCCCAGUCUCUGAGGACACUCUCGGUAGGAUCUUCGAUGGGUCUGGGAGACCCAUCGACCAGGGCCCCAAAGUGUUCGCCGAGGAUUACUUGGACAUUAACGGGUCGCCCAUCAACCCGUACGCGCGGAUCUACCCUGAGGAGAUGAUCUCUACGGGGAUAUCUGCGAUUGACACGAUGAACUCGAUUGCUCGUGGACAGAAGAUUCCGAUCUUCAGUGCUUCCGGUUUGCCGCACAACGAGAUCGCGGCGCAGAUCUGCAGGCAGGCUGGUCUUGUCCGCCCGACAAAGGAUGUCCACGAUGGGCACGAGGAGAACUUCUCGAUCGUGUUUGCUGCGAGUGGGGUUAACUUGGAGACCGCACGGUUCUUUAAGCAGGAUUUUGAGGAGAACGGGUCCCUUGAGAGGACCUCUCUGUUCCUCAACCUUGCGAACGACCCAACCAUUGAGAGAAUCAUCACUCCAAGACUCGCGCUGACCACCGCAGAGUACUUGGCGUACCAGACGGAGCGCCACGUGCUGACCAUCCUUACGGACAUGUCCUCGUACGCUGACGCCUUAAGAGAGGUCUCUGCCGCCAGGGAGGAGGUCCCCGGCCGGAGAGGGUACCCAGGGUACAUGUACACCGAUUUGUCUACGAUCUACGAGCGUGCCGGGCGUGUUGAGGGCCGGAACGGGUCCAUCACGCAGAUCCCGAUCCUGACGAUGCCCAACGACGACAUCACGCACCCUAUCCCGGAUUUGACAGGGUAUAUCACUGAGGGCCAGAUCUCCGUCGACCGGCAGUUGCACAACAAGGGUGUGUACCCACCGAUCAACGUGUUGCCCUCGCUGAGCCGUCUGAUGAAGUCUGCUAUCGGGGAGGGCAUGACGAGACGGGACCACGGUGACGUCUCUAACCAGUUGUACGCGAAGUACGCCAUCGGGAGAGACGCCGCCGCGAUGAAGGCCGUUGUCGGUGAAGAGGCACUCUCCAUCGAGGACAAGCUCUCGCUCGAGUUCCUGGAGAAGUUCGAGCGGUCGUUCAUCUCGCAGGGCGCCUACGAGGACCGUACGGUCUUCGAGUCCCUCGACCAGGCGUGGUCGCUGCUGCGGAUCUACCCGAAGGAGAUGCUGAACAGGAUCUCCCCAAAGAUCCUCGACGAGUUCUACGACCGUGCGGGGGAGACCGCAGAGGACACGGACGACGACGACGACGACGAGCCCCAGCAAGAACAGAACCCUGACGAGAGGGCUUAG